AGGUUUUUAUGAAAUUUCUCAUUGCCAGAAAUUAUUUGAUUUUUUAUCGAUUUUGAAACGAAUGAAAAAUUUAACUUCCAUUAUAAACAUGAGAAAAUCUAAAGCAUCGACACAUGUUGACCCCUCCCGCAACAAUGUGCUAUCCUUGGACUCUAGCAUUGCAACACCACAAAAGCCCUUAUCUAAGGAGCCCAAUCAACAUAUUGUUUCCGAAAUCAUCAACCAUAUAUUCGAUGAACAAAAGGGAGUAUGUGAUGUCUCAUCAUCGCAAUGUUCCAGCUUGCAAUUACAUUCAUCCGAUUACAGCUAUGACAAACGUUUAAAAUACUGGAAGGAUGUGUUAAAGGACCGAGAAAAAUUGAAUCUUAAGAUUAAGGACAAAACAGCAAAACGCUCGAAUGACAUUCUAUACAACAAUUUAAGCACAAUCGACGAAAGAGAUAAGCAGACCAUCAAACGAAUUUUGGACUAUGCCCAGCGCCUGAAUCCCAUACAUUUGAUGGCGAAGAAAACUACUGUAUUGGAAGAAAAAUAUAACCCAAAAACUUGUCGAGCUAUACCAGAGAUUCAAGAAACUUUGCCCAAAGCUGAACGGGAAGGAAAGGCCUGUGUGGAAAUAAGUGGUUUGCCGAAGGUUACAAAACAAGAACUGUUGGGCAAAGACAAAAAUCAAGGAUGCAAAAAAUCUCACAACUGGCUGAAGUCCAAACAUUUGGAUGCCCAAAUUGAUGAAAAGCGUGAGGACAUUGAACGUGUAGUUGAAUUUUAUCCAGACAUAGAAAAUUUGCAAAUUGUAGGCGAGGGUAUUUUCAAAAAGGAAGUACUAGAACACAAUUCACAGAUUGAGUUGCUGCUGCCUGUGGUAGAUAUUUGCGAGAUCUCUUCGGAGUCUAUAGAGUUUAAAAAACAACAACCAGUCCCUGAAAACCCUCAACAAUUACCUAAAGUUGCACCUGAGUAUGCUUUAAAGAUUAAUGAACAUACUUUCUAUCUUGCCAACAAUCAUGAAAAACGUUAUAAAAAACUUGAAAUUGAAACCUCAUUCCAUAGCCGACCAUUUUGUUCAGAGAUAAAGAGAAUUAUGGCGAUUGAAAAUAUUGGCCAAAAAGUUUUAAACUUUCAAUGGUCCAAUCGUUCCUAUUACAAAAGAAAUUCCAAUUUGCUGAAAUCCCUGGAUAAUGAAUUUAUAUUGGAUAAUAGUUCUUUUCGAUUGUGUGGUGGCGAUUCCAAGGAUUUUUCAGUUUUAUAUCAACCACGUAGAGUGGCUGUAGUAAAGAGUAAAUGGGUAUUAAAAGUAAAACCCAACUUCUUUGAAAGAAGGGUGGAUGGCAUAGCAAUUCUACUCAUUGGCAAGUGUGAGCCCACUGAAAAAUAUGUUAAGAAAUUGCAAGACAUACAGAGCGAAGUCGUAGAAAAGUCUAAUAUGAAAAUGAUGCGAAAAUUGGCAUUGAAUUUGGGAACAAUAACCGCAAAUCUGGAACCCAUUGAGAUUUCUUGUCCCUAUCAGCGCACCCUAAAUGAAUUGGAAUUAUUUGAAAAAUUGAAUGCAGGCUUUAAAUGUGAGCGCUUUCACGAUCUGGAAUUACUCAAAGACCUCUAUAAGAGAGUCAAAAAGCCUAGAGACAAAAUAUGGGAUCUACAGGUCGAUACCUUAAAAUCUAGUAUAUUGAGAAUUUCAAAUGCUGAAUACCGUGCGCUGUACUUUAAUGAAUUAUCUGUACUCUUGGAUGGCAUGAAAGGCCAAGGUAAACAGUUGCAAGAAUGCUGCCUGAACAAUUCGGAAAAAGAUAAAACCCGCUUAUUUUAUGUCAGAGGUAUUGUAAGUACCAGCAUAGAUGAAUGGCAGGAUUUGACCGGAAAUCUAGAAGUAUCAUUUAUGAAAACUUUAUUGCAUACAACUCAGUAUGAAGAUGAUGAUACACAAACUGCUGAAAAAGAACAAAACAAUAAUAAAACUGGGCGCAUUUCUGAAAGCCAUAGUUUCCAAAAAUCCAUAAGAAGUCUUAAAUCAUUCCAGGAUAGCUGGUAUAUGCAAACAUAUACAUUGGUGUGUAAUGCUGUGGAAAAUAUCGUUAAUGUCAUAGAAAGUACCGAAGUUUUCUAAACCAUUAUGAUUUUAUUUUCUUUAACACUUCUCCCAAAAUUAAACUAAUAACUUAUAUAAAUCAGACCUUGUUAUAUACCAGAUUAUAAUUAUAUAUUUUAUACAAUAAUUAAAAGAAUAAUAAAUUCCCCGGGUAGAGUUUAAUCUCUUUCAGCACUGAGUAAAGGUAUGAUGUUUUGCAAAAACCAUUCUUUGUCGAUUUGCAAAUGGUCGCCUUCAACAGCCAGAAAAACUAA